CAAUCACGAUGGAGCCCUACUGUAUACCACCCGAGAUGAUAACAACUCCUCCCGAAGACCACUUAAAAAAGGCCAUAUACGUGAAACACUUUAACAUACACGGCGGUCGGGUGCGACCGCCAAUGAGGUACAACAAAGUGGGAGGAGGCAACCUUUUCCUAGAAUACCUGAUGUCUGUGCAAGGUCCGCAAGGAGUCGACAGACUAAUGACAGUGGGUUUUCGUCCUGAAAGAGGCAGAGACGAAGACUUCUCGGAAAGCAUCUUAAAAAGAAAUAUUCUUUUUAGUGGCGAGAUCUACCGCUUCCUGGGCCACUCCAACUCUCAACUUAAGGAGAGAACUUGUUUUCUAUUGAAUGACUCGGAUGAAGGCAUUUACGAGCUGCUUGCGCAGUUUGGCGAGUUUUCUCAAAUCAAGACAACCGCUAAGCGCGCCAAGAGAAUUGGGCUUUUGUUCUCGUCGUUCGACCAAAGCACUAUUCUGCAAGACACCCAAUACGAUGUCAUCGAUGACAUUAAGGGCGGAAAAUACAUCUUCACCGACGGAUGCGGUUUUAUGUCAGAUUCAUUUGCGCAAGAAAUUCAAGAUGUACACCGUCACCUUGAAAGCAAACCUUGUGUGGUACAAGUCAGGUACCAGGGUUUUAAAGGCGUCCUCGUCCUUAAUCCUCGGUUAAACGAUGGUGUUCAGGUUCAAUUCCGCAAGUCCAUGAAGAAGUUUAGCAUUCCAGAUGAGCGAGUGCGCCUGAGUUGUACCACGUUUGGUGUUGUAAAGUGUUCCCGGCCAUACACCAUGGGCUACCUUAAUAAGCAGAUUACGAUGUUGUUGGCCGACAGUGGAGUCAAACACAGCUACCUGCGACAGCUUCAGAAUAAUUUCCAUAUCAUGCUUCGAGAACUCUGUAGCGCCAGACAAUCUGCCGAGUCAUAUCUAUGUAUCAAAGGAGAGCAAAAAUUACUCGGUUGGCUGCAUGACUUUGGACUGGAGAAUCCUCGCCUUCAAAGACAGCUUAAAGCUCUUCGUGCAAAGGAGGUUCGCAAGAUGCAGAAAGAAAAUGCCGAUGAAGAUGAAUCCAGUGUGACACAGACUUCAAGAUGUAAACUGCGGGUUUUAGUUCCAAAAUCGAGAGUAGUGUUCGGUGUGUGUGACCCCUUCCAAUCCCUCGAAUAUGGCCAGUGCGUUUUUCAACCCACUCUCUUUGACGAGGAGCAGAUGGAAGGUUUUCAAAGGGCUGAAGAAGUCAUAGUCGUGCGAAAUCCAUGCUAUCAUCCGGGUGACAUCCGUGUUCUAAAGCUUAUCAAGAACCAACCAGAGUACGCAUAUCUCAGCGAUUGCAUCGUGUUUCCGACGAAGGGAAGGCGACCACACGCCGACGAAUCUGCGGGAGGUGAUCUUGAUGGCGAUGAAUUCUUCGUUAGUUGGGACCAGAAUCUGAUUCCUUCGUGGCGCAGUGCUCCAUUUGACUACUCAAGUAGCAGUCCGCUUGUCAUGAUCUCCAACGCAUUUAGCCACUUGGGACAGUGGACUAAUUCCCUUCAGAACCGCAUUUCUAGUUGGGGUUGCAGCAACAUGCCAUCUGUGUUUGGCACAGCUGAGGAGGCCGAGAGGAAAAAGAAAUUGAAGGAGCGAAGGCACAUGCUUGAAUACUUCAGCACUUACAAUAAUGAUCUAGUGGCGCGUGUCGACGCUAUAUUCAUGAAGUACGCUGCCCUUUAUGGUCCGUCAUGCCAAGAAUGUGUUCAUCUGAACAGAUUUUUCUCAGACGCUGUGGACAUGGUGGCACAAAAGGUUUUUGUGCAAGCCACGCUUCGCAAUUAUGAGCGCAACUAUCAUCGUUUGGUACGAGAUCCAUUAGCGGCGCGUGUGGAUCCUGUGGAAUGGUACCGUGUCUGGAUGCAACAAAAACCGCCGUUCAAUCGAGGAGACGACGUGUGGACGCCAAUGGAGGAAAACACACGUGUAUUUGUGGAGGAAAUGUCAAGGAGAUAAUAAACUGCACUGUUUUGCUUGCAAGUAUAAUUUUAGAGGAUGCCUAUCCGUGGUAAAACGACGCAUCGAGUCUUGACUUCAUGGUAGUACUAUGGGAUAUAUCGACCGGUAAAAUUGGACCAGCUCAAGUUUUGUGCGAGUUCCAACUACUGCAGAGAGAGGUGGAGAGAGGGUGGAGAGAGGGUUGGGGUGAGUUGUGCAACGCAGCAAGAGUCAUAUUGGAGAAUAUAUGUUUCAUUCUCGCCUACUGCCAUCCGGCCUUAAUUAUUUGCGUGACCUGUUCCUCGCGUUCUCUUUGUUUAAUCUGAAGCAGCACAAUGUUAUAUAGUCGCAAUCCUUUCACUACCGAAAUACUCCUUAACUUGGUUUCGCGAGCAAGUAGUUGUAUUUGCUUGCAGCGCGAGGAGAAAGAAAACGUGAGCUCAGCUCAUGGCCUUUUUAUAUCUGGCUAUCUGCCAUCAUGUUCACCCCUCACGCUCACGUUCUCAUUUAAGUUAAAUCACUUUACGCCUUCACUUGCUCCCAGCCAUAAAAUUGAGAGGAUCUACCUACUUUUAUUCGACUUAUGUUGCGUAAAUAAGUUUAUAUCAAUGUUAUAUCUGGUUAACUUUAAGGAAUGAAUUCCGUCUGAACUUAAGUUAUUAAACAAAAAAAGAAAAAAACUGGUGCUCAACGAUGACAUCGCUUCGCAAGUAACAAAGGAUCGAGCCUGCGCAGCACUCCUAAAAAAUUAUUGGAGAUCAUUCAUCGGGGUAACUUUUGAAGUUCCAUUCUUAUGAAGAUCUGACAAAAGAUAAAUAAAAUCAAAUAUUAUCAACUAAA